GUUUUUUUAUUAUUAUAUAAGAAAAUUCGAGUUCCUUCCGCUCGAAGAGAAGAAAUAGCCAGCCAUUCCCCUUCCCCGAAUUCGCAAAGCAAGCGAGCAGAGCAGCGCGCGAGGAUCCGAAUAUCCGAUCCGAGAUGGGCCUGUGCUCGUGCUGCUGCCGGUGCCUGGAGCUCCUGUGCUCCGUCCUGCUCCCGCCCCUCGGCGUCUGCCUCCGCCAUGGCUGCUGCUCCAUGGAGUUCUGGAUCAGCGUCCUGCUCACCAUCCUCGGCUACCUCCCCGGCGUCCUCUACGCCGUCUACGUCAUCUGCUCCGUCGACCCUCACCGCCGCCACGACCCCGACGACUACGUCUACGUCGCCUGACCCAAGGAUGCGUCCCUGGCCAAUUCGCCAUGGUGUUCUGGUGUGCCCCUACCUACCUAUCAAUCUACGCCCGUGUAUCUCUCUCUGUUGGGUUAGUGGACGAUUAAAUCCAUCCCGUGCCCGUGUAUAAUCUGUAAAUUGGUGCAUCCAAUCUGACAAUCUGGACAAAUUCAUCUUGUGGAGGUCUGGAGUUACGUUUGUGCAGUCAAUUGGGUUAAUUUUGGUACCUUGUUCGGUCGUGGUUGUGGAUUGGCUCCUUUGAAUAUGAUGAUGGGUCUUGACUCUUGAA